GGAUGGCCGCACAAUAUGAAGAUAGAGGUUAUGAAAACAGAAAGAAGCUGGUUUGAGAAUGAGAGUCGAAUCCUGGAUGAUGCCUCCUCAAUAGUCUGCAACAGUUGGUCUCAAAGACACAAUGUCCGACACAAUAAUGGUGACCUAUUCACAGGCCUAAAUGACGGCCUGCUGAGUAGAGCCGAGGCUCUGGCCGCCGUGGACAUGGGCAAGCACCAGCCGGGGAGUGGGGGAGGACCCACACCCACCCUGCCACAGCUCAAACACGACAUGAUGUACCACCCUGGUAUGGGCGCGCCCCAUCCUGGACCCCCGAACGCCAGACCUCAUCAGAUGAGUCAUCACCACGGCAUGGAAGGCCUAGAGAUGCUUGACCCGAUCUCAUCUUCGGCAAUGACCACCCUGACACCAAUGGGCGACGGUGGCGCAUCCCACGGUCCCCAACUGCACUACGGCCCCGCAAUGAACACCAUGAUGACGUCACACCACCACCACCAUCACCACACGUCACCACUGACCGGCCACGGGCCGCCGGGUCACCACCAUCCGCACGCACCCCACCACCCCACCAUAGUCCAGCAUCCCGACUCGGACACCGACCCGCGCGAACUCGAGGCGUUCGCCGAACGGUUCAAGCAGCGACGCAUCAAGCUGGGCGUCACGCAGGCUGAUGUCGGAAAGAAUCUUUGCUAUGCGCAGGCGCUUGCCAACCUGAAGUUGCCUGGGGUAGGCGCACUGUCGCAGUCGACGAUUUGUCGCUUCGAGUCGCUGACAUUGUCGCACAACAACAUGAUUGCGCUCAAGCCCAUUCUGCAGGCCUGGCUCGAAGAGGCUGAGGCACAGGCCAAGAACAAGCGACGCGACCCGGAUGCGCCCAGCGUCUUGCCUGCUGGCGAGAAAAAACGCAAACGCACCUCAAUAGCGGCGCCGGAAAAACGCUCGCUGGAAGCGUACUUUGCGGUUCAGCCGCGACCGUCGGGCGAGAAAAUCGCGGCGAUCGCCGAAAAACUCGACCUGAAAAAGAACGUGGUGCGCGUCUGGUUCUGCAAUCAGCGUCAAAAACAGAAACGCAUGAAGUUCGCGGCGCAGCACUGACAGAUGACGUUCUCCUAAGUGGAUUUCUAGACUUUUCUCAGCUCUUUGGAGACGAAUUCUGAAGAGUUUUAAGACUCUACACAGUCGGCAGUAUCCUGAGACUCAGGUAAAAUGAGGUGGACUCGUGUGUUGCUGUGUAGUGCUGAACAUUGACCAAGUCAGAAUAUUCUAGUGCUAACUUGACUGUUCAAUUUUUGUUUUUGGAGUUUUGCCAUUAAUGUUUUCCCUCAUUCUGGUGAGAAAAUUUUCAGAAUGAAACAUAUUUUCAUUCUGAAAAUUUAUAUACGGAGCAUCUACUAACGCCAUCUUAUACUUCAAACUAGAAAGUGUGA